AUGGUACAACUCGAGAGGCAACCAGAAGUGAUUCCUAUACUGGGCGAGGCCAAUAUUGUUUCCGAUUUUGAUCUGUGGCCAAAUUACGUUGGGACGGAUCUCCUCGAAAAUUUUCCUUCAUCCACGUACGUUCUUGUCACCGACACGCAUCUUUACAAGAAGUAUGUGCCGCAUUUUCAAGAUUGGUUCGAAACCAACCAGGGCGAGAAAAAGGCCCGUCUUUUGACGUACACCAUACCGCCGGGUGAAGCUUCAAAAAGCCGCGAAACCAAGGCCGAUGUCGAGGAUUGGAUGUUACAGCAAAAGUGCACACGAGACACAGUCCUUAUUGCCCUUGGUGGUGGUGUCAUUGGCGACUUGAUUGGGUUCGUCGCAGCGACUUUCAUGCGAGGAAUUCGAUUUGUCCAGGUGCCGACGACAUUACUAGCUAUGGUGGACUCGUCCAUCGGCGGCAAGACGGCCAUAGACACACCUGUGGGCAAAAAUCUAGUCGGCGCUUUCUGGCAACCAUGUCGCAUCUUUAUCGACUUCAACUUUCUUCAAACGCUCCCAGUCCGCGAGUUUAUCAAUGGAAUGGCAGAAGUCAUCAAAACAGCAGCUAUUUGGGAUGCAACUGAGUUUUCCUUUCUAGAGAAAUCUGCCGGCAGAAUUAUGGCAUGUGUUCGUUCUUCAAGCAAGGACCGCAUAGGGCCCAUCAAGGAGGAUCUGAAGCGGAUUGUUAUCGGCUCAGCACGCGUCAAAGCCGAGGUAGUGUCCCGGGACGAGCGCGAAGGUGGGUUGCGCAAUAUUCUUAACUUUGGUCAUUCGAUUGGCCAUGCCAUUGAGGCGAUAUUGACCCCCCAGCUUCUUCACGGCGAGGCUGUGGCCAUUGGCAUGGUGAAGGAAGCCGAACUUGCCCGUUUUCUUGGCAAGGUCAGCCCCAUGCCGUUGCAAGACUUACCAUGUGCAUCACCGCUUAUGGACUUCCGACGGGUUUAG